CUUGAGUUCCAGCUUGCUAGUAUUAGAGCCAAUCUCCCCGGCAGGCACGAGUUCGUCUUCUUAGAUGGCUGCGUCGAGGGCGAUCCAGUGUACGGUGAGUACAAGGUCCGAUAUUUGGGCGACGGGAUACUACACAGGUGUGCUGACAGAGAGACGAGGCAUCGAUGCUUUCUUCCCGGGGCCAUAUCUCUCAUACUACACCCUACCCACCCCCGAGGAGGUGCAGAAUGCAUUUGAUAUGAUAGACGAGAUCAUCGAAGAAGAGGGGCCGUUCGACGGCGUCAUCGGCUUCUCCCAAGGCAGCGCGUUGGCAUCAAGUUAUAUCCUGAACGACUUGCGCUCUGGACGGCCGUGCAAUCCAUUCAAAUGUGCCAUAUUCUUCAACGCUACAGUACCCUGGGAUCUACGUUCGCCCCCCUUUCACGUGAGCGAGGAUGGAAGUUGUCGAAUGGCAGACACCAACGAGCCGAUGGUCAACUUCGACGUCAAUGAAAUGGUCCCUGAGCGCGGCGGCUGUAACGGGUACACAGGACCAGUGUCGUACGAAGCAAAGUACCUCCAUCGAUACGGCAGUCCGUAUGCGAAUUCAGAAAAGGCGCAGAUCACGAUUCCUACUCUCCACAUCGUCGGUGCAAACGACGACUACCUCAGCCAGAGUCUGCAAGUUCGAGACCUCUGCACAAUGCAGGGACGCCGCUUCCUACAGCAUCGAGGUGGCCAUGAAAUCCCCAGCGACCGCAUGUCGUCGGCCAAGGUGGUGUCUGAGAUUCAAAGCAUGUUACAGCAGGUCCUGGUUGGGUGAGCUGUGCUGCUGUGGAAGCUUCAUUCAUGAACUUUAUGCAGUGGACUGUGCCCACGAGAUUUUCCAUGGGGCAUGCUGACGCGAUAUUGGCGGAUUGUGGAUUUGUGAUAUGGACAUAUGACUGCUUCCUUGAACAUCGGGAGUCCGGCUCAUUGCAGGCUUGCCAUUUUGUGCGACGCGUUAAUUCUGAUUAUAUUUCCAAGGUACAGUUGGAUUCAC